AAAUUGGAAGGUUCAAAAACUGCUGGUACAUUGCUAUUUUGUGGGGGCACGAAUUGGGACUUAAUUGGGCGUAAAGAAUUGCCAAAAACUGCUAAAACAGCCACUGGAGUAAAUUUAUGGGGACCACACCGUUUAGCUUCCCUAAGUGGAAUCAGAAUUAGAUCGGUUUUUGCUGGAAGUUGUGCUGUUCAUAGUGUUAUUGUUACUGAUGCUGGUGUGGCUAUGACGUGGGGUCGCAACGAUAAAGGGCAGCUUGGGCAUUGUGAUACUCUUCGAAGAGACAUUCCUACUGUUGUUGAAACAUUAAAAGAUCACCAAAUAAUUUCUGCAUCAUGUGGUCGAGGACAUACAUUAUUCCUCUCAGAAAGAGGAAUUUGCUAUGCCUGUGGGGAUAACAAAAUGGGGCAAUGUGGUGUCGGGUCUCAAAAUACUACUAUCAAUAUUCCAACAAAGGUAUCCUUCAAGGGAAGAUCUAUCACUAAUGUUGCUUGUGGUGCAGAGUUCAGCAUAAUUGUUGAUGUUAAAGGAGGAAUGUAUUCAUUUGGUUUGCCUGAGUAUGGACAAUUAGGUAACAACUCUGAUGGAAGGUAUUUUGUGACUUCUAAUAAACUUUCUUAUCGAUGUGAAUUAGUACCUCGACGGAUUGUAGCCUUUAUAGAAAAGACCAGAGAAAACCAUGUGACUUUAGUUGAUAAUGUGCAGAUUAUUGAUGUGGCAUGUGGGCUCAAUCACAGUAUUGCCCUUGAUACGAAAAAAAGAGUCUUCAGUUGGGGAUUUGGAGGAUACGGCCGUUUGGGACAUGCUGAUCCGAAAGAUGAAAAAAUACCUCGUCUCAUAAAAUCUUUUGAUGGACCUAAUAGGGGCGUAAAGAAAAUUUUUGCUGGAGGUACUUAUAGCAUGGCUGUGUCAGAAUAUGAUGUUUUGUUUUUCUGGGGCCAGAACAAACGAGCAGGUGAAGCAACCAUGUAUCCCAAACCUGUCCAAGAUUUGACUGGCUGGCAUGUUAGAGAUGUUGGAUGCUCAAAUUGUAGUAUUGUGUGUGUUGCAGACAGUUCAGUGAUUUCAUGGGGUCCUAGCCCAACAUAUGGGGAGUUGGGUUAUGGAGAUAACCGGCCAAAAUCUAGUACCACACCUCAGGAAGUAAAGCCAUUAGAUGGCUUGUACAUACAUUCUGUUGCUUGUGGCCAUGGACAUACACUACUUAUUGCUCGUGAUGAAACAGAAGAAGAUAAAAACAAACUCAACCAAUUGCCUGAAUUUACUCCUUGAUAUUGUUUCUUACAAUCUUUUUUCAUGCAUUGUGGUGGGUAAAAUGUUUAUCAGUUUCUUAGGAUGUUUAGUUCGAACAUUUAUGUGAAUUCAUAUGGGGAGCGAAUGUUUUUAAAAAAAGUAGAUCCCUCAUUCAAGUCUAUGUAAUUUUAUCAGACACUGUCAUUUUCAUCUUAUUUAUUUUCACAAUAUUUCAAUUGAAUGGUUUAACCAUAAUAACUUGUAUAAAUGGUAAAAACCACUGAACUCAUUUGACUUUCAUAAAUGUAUAUAGAAAUUUUCUAAAUUUGGUGCAUUGUUCAUUGAAUGCCUAAGGAAGUACCUAGUAAUUUUUAUUUAAUGUAGUUUCUUUAUUUUAUAUUGUCUUACAAUUCUAUAUAUCGUCCCCUCAGAGCAACAGUAAAAUAUCUUAGUUUUAUUUCUGGGAUUAGAUAUCUUACUGUUGCUCUGAGGCAACGAUAUUUGUAUUUUGAAAGCAGCAGAAUAUUCAUUCAAUAUUUUUUUUUAAUUAUCACUCAAAAUUUACAAGAUAUUUUGAAUAAAUUUUUAUUUGUAAAAUAACUGAGUUUUGUAUUACUUUUUUUGAUUGAAUUCAAACACCUGUAUUCAAUGUGCUACUCUACCAUUAAAUCUUACAUUACGUUUUUGUUUGUUGAAAGCUUAAUGUUGAUUUUAAAUUGCUCAUAACUUUUAUUUAGUUUUCGUAACUUUUUCCUAUUAAAGUUGUGGUGCCUAGAACUUAAUAGUUCUUGUCUCUUUGGUGCUUUAUUAACCAAAACUUAAUUAUGUGUAUAUGUAAUAAAAUGAGUAAUGUAAUAUUGGAAUGUUUGUUUUUUGAUAAAGCUGAAAAAUAUUGAGACACUAUAAAUUAUAUUGCUUUUGUUUUGAAGGAAAAAAAAGUCCCAAUUUUAAACACAAGUUCAACAUCUUAUAGUUGUUUAAAAAUCGCCAAACUUAAGAAGGCAGUAGUUUUUUCAAUACUACUAAGAACUUAAGAUUUAACUUUUUUUUUUCUACCUCAUAUUGAGUAAAAGAAGGUUGAAGAAAGGAAAAUAUCUAUAACCUUUUUUCUAAUUUAUGCUUUUUUUUUCUGUCUCGAGUUUGAUGGGAAGCUUUUGAUUUAGCUGCACAAUGAAAUAAAGAUAAGUAAACGACCAUUUUAAAGAAAGAUUUACUUAUUUAAAACUAAACUCCAAAUAUAAAAUUUGUGUAGUAAGAUACAGCAUAUUCCCUUACAUAUUUUCUCCUAAAAAUUAUCAAAACAUUUAUGAGUUCAUCCGAGUAAUGUUCUGUCAAGAUUGUUUUUUAUGGGUAAAAGAGUUGUUUAAAAAAAUGUAAAAUUUUCUGAAAUUGCUAUUUGAUCAUCAAUGAUAACAUUUUUCUGCUUUUCUAAGAACAAGCUAAGUAGUUACAUUUCAAAACAAAAUAUAUAUGCAAAAAUGUGGUCUGCUCUUACUUGUACGUAGACACAAAUAAUAAGAUUAUAUGUGCGUGAGUCAUGCCAGACAACUUGGCUUUGAGCCUUUAUUGCAAAUAAUUAUUUUUAAUGUUCACUGGAUAUACUUUGAGUGAAGGUUUCUAACUAUUAAUUUUGCAAAUCAGAAACAAUAAAUAUAACACUCAAUGAAAGAAGUUCAUAACUUACAUUUAUUGCCAUCCAAAUGAAAAAAAAAAAAAAUACAUUACUAAGUAUUUAUUUGUGUGGGGGAGAGCUCCAUAGAUGUAACAUUGUGGAAUAUUUAUUUUAGUAAAAUAGUGUCCUUGAUGACUGCAAGAAAAAAAAAAUUUGCUGUCUUUCUCAAUUUAGUAAUUGCAAAUUGCCCAAUAUACUGUUGUCUUGCAAUUUUAUUUUAUGAAAUAUCAUCGUAAUUCUUCAGUGUGUUUAUUUUCCACUUAAUACACUUUUUCUUGAAAAAUAAAAAGUUUUUUUUAAAGGAUAAAGUGCUGUAUUCAAUCUUUUAACUUGACUUUCACCCCUGUUUAAAUGCAAUAUCUCCAGUAUAGUGUAACAAAUAAUCACUAUUGGAAUUCAAGAUAUUUCUGGUACACAUGUGCAAUAUACAUGUGUUCAAUUUUCUGGAAAUCAUGAUUUCAUUGUAUAGCUGGAGUCUCAAUCAAUAAUGAUUCUUCCACUGGUUCACCUACUGAAACCUUGCAACGACUUUUACUUCCUCUAAAUACAGUUGGCUCUCCGUUUAACGACGCUCUAUUUAAUGACUUUCUCUAUUUAACGAUGGCUUUUCACGGUCCAAGGUGGUCCACCUUAGUGUUUAAAGCAUUCUACUUAAGGACGAUUUUUUGUGGUCCCUUGAAAGUCGUUAAACGGAGAGCCAACUGUAAUCAAUCUGGGUCAUCUUUUCAGCACAACCUGAAAGCAAAGACAAACAAAAGCAAAUGUUUCUGCACUUUGAAGCAUUCUGCCUUUAUUGUUCAACAGUGAUUGAUGCUUCUGUAUAACUUACCUAAAUUAAAAUUGAAUGAUUUGAAACCUCAGCAAUAUUCUUCCCAGAAAAGAUAUCUUAUUUGUCCCUUGUAAUUCUAGUCUAUAGUUCAACCAGCCAGAAUUAAGUUAUUAGUAGGUGAGGUAUCUUGUUAUGAACUAUAGACUAAAGAAACUAUGAUCACUGAAUCAUAUGAAGGUUGUUCUCUGGGCUGAUUAUAAUUGUGUUGUACAGUCAAGUCCUGAUAAUCUGCAGUGGCAAGAUAACCGCUGAUAAGUAAAUUUUGCAGCUAAUUCACAAAAUGGAUUUGAAAAAAGGAAACUAGUGUGUACAAUACCUAAAAAAAAAAUAGCUAACACGAGUAUAUAAACUGUUGCUAAAAUAGGGCUUAUACACACACGUAAAUUGUGCAAACACAUGCCCGAAAGGUGUUGGGGAGGGGAUUUUUCUUAGUAAAAGCUGAUCUGUUAGCUUGUAAAGAGUGUCAAUGUAAAAAAAAAAAAAAAAAAAAACAGGUUUCAGUGUAUGGAUAUUAAAAUCAAGUUUUAACUAAUCUGGUUUCAAUGACAUUAGAAAAGAUGGAAAGAAAAAAAAAUGCUCUUGUUAAAUUGAAAUAAUGUAUUUUUCUACAUUCAAUAAGUUAUCAGUAUUAUUAUUAUUUUUAUUGUGAAAGUGCAAAAUCACAAAUAAUUAGGAGUUCCUCUAUACUGGGAGGACUGCAGGGACAAAAUCCACUGGAGCCCAGCACCCUUUGAAAAGGUGUAAACAAGAAUUGAGGGAGAGACUUGCAUGUCAGCAUUUUGCCGCAAGGCCUGGUUACUUUCUUGGCAACUUGGAAGAUAGCAAUAUUGAUAAAUCAAAAGAAGUCAGCUUGAAAUUCAUUAGGAUGUCCGUUUUGAUGUGGAACAUUUUAAGUAAAAAUAAAUGCCCAUAACAUGUUUUAUAUGCCUAUUUAGUGAGCUUCUUAUCUCUUAGGAAAUCUCUUCAAAUUGAGAAAUAUUUCAUGUAGCUUUAAUUUUAUCAAAUUUUCUAAGGUUUUAUGUAUUUUUCUGUUACAAUAUAUUUCAUGUAAAUAUUGCUGUAAAAAAAUCUGUUUCACUUUUCAUGCAUACAUAUCAAUGCUAACAAAAACUAGGCCAUACUUUUUUUUUUAUUUCUCAUGUUCUACUUUUGAAAUAGUUUAUGAAACGUACAAAUAAAUCUUAAUACUUGUGAGUGAUUAAAAAGUUAUUGCUUUGAAACCUGUAACAGGUCUUUUGCAUACAACAAUGACUAUCUAUUUCAAAAUUUAGAUCAACGAAGACAGAAUACAAUUUCAUUAAAUGUAUGAAAUAUUUUUGAAAACUAGAACGGAUGACCUCAUUGUUCAUAACUAACAUCUUUCAAUUGUAGAAAAAAAGGGAAAAGCUUCUUGUAAAGAAGUACUUUUGAAAGGUUUUGUAAGAUUUAUAUAUGUUUUUAUUGUGUAAAUGUUGACUGCAAUUAAUGCCUUUGCAGCGAUGUGAGUGUUCCGUUAAAAAAGUAAAACUUCCUUUUACUUAAAUGAACUCUGAAUUGAAUAUGAUAGAUUUAUUGCAACUGAUGACAGAAUAGUAAUAUGUUAUGUGAUAGUUUCUUAAAAACGCAUUUGGUACUAAGAAAUGACACUUGUACAUGUGUGUCGGGAUAGUAUGCAAUGUAAAUUUUGAAUGUUUGAAAAGAUUGUGGUUCUCAACUGGUGGAAUGCCCCAGUCAGUUUCAAUAAAAUUUGAUGGUAUCAAAUACUUUUUAGUGUUGAGAAACAUUUUAACUUCUUUAAGCUUUUCCGAAAAUGGGGUUUUCAAGUUAAACUUACCUAGAGAGCAAAUCUAGAAACAAGCUUAUGUUGAAGUUGAUUUGCAGCUGUAUUUGACAAAACUGGAGCCAAAUACAUUUCUGGUUAAUAAAAAAUUUCAUGUAAUUUCCAUUAAAAUAAAAUUUGUUUUCAGUUCAAAUUACCUACAUUUAAUUAAACUUUAAACUAAUAUUACACAUUUUGACAAUACUUUUUUUUUUUUUUUGUGGCGCCCAUAGUUAGUCGUGAACAAAUAGGGGUGCAUGGCUUCUUAAAGGUUGAGAACCCUUGAACUAGAAAAAAUUUAAAAGAAUGGUUUUAAACUGUUUUCAUCUUGGUGCUUGAGUAGAAAAUUGAAAUAUUGGUUUUUGCUCAAAUUUUAAGAAAAAUAGGUUUUUAAAAUUUUCUUGUUAGCUUUAGUUUGAUGUUGUAAGCCAGUCAGAUGCUUUGAAAGUGUUUAACCACUUAAAAUGAGAAUUACAGUAUAUGAUUUAACAAUUUCCUCAAUUUCAUGAUACAUUUCACUGGUCCAGAUUUGACUGUAAUGAAUGUCUAUGCUCCUUGAUUAAAUGAUAUCCUUGAUUUAACGAUAACUUUUUCCAGUCCCUUGACAAUCGUUAAAUUGAGGUGUGGCCCCACUAAAUUUCGCUUACGCUUAUAGGCCGUGACCAUGGCAACAAAAAAAGCGCUACAGGGAAACCCUAUUCUCCAUGUCACUGACUGGAGGUUGCAUAAGAUGGGUUCAGCGCCUUUUGCGGUCAAAAUCGGGGACGUCCAAUCAAAAAUAAACCAACUUUGAAACUUGUCAUUGAUUGGUGUAUGCACAGGAUUCCGUUCAAUUUCAAGAAUAGAUCACAGUUGCAUCAGUUUAACACAGAGAAGUCAUAAAUAGUGGAGGCCUGAAAGCGUUGCGCCAUCUUGUGAGGCCAUGAUCGAGGUUUAUACUGUAGUUUUCAAUAAGAAGUUUUGUAAAUGGUGUGAAAUUAUUUAUUUUUCCUCUCAUUUAGUCUAAGUGUAAAUAUUGACUUAAUUUUCAACUUCAAACGCCUUAUGAUAUGACGUUCAGGGAUGUAACUUGCUAAUGUAUGAAUAGGCUGAGUGAAAACGGAACUUGGCUGGCCUUCACAACCACAACUACCUGUACUACAAUGUUAAACAUUUAUUAAAAGCUGGAGAUUGUAUGAAGAUAGAAUUGUCACACUGCAUGAAUGCAUUUAAUUUUAUUUCUGUAGGAACUUUCAUCACCUUUAUUUUCAUUUUAGGUAUUUGAGGGUGUGUUUCAUUUCUGAAUGAGUUGUCAUAUACUUCCAUUAAAGUUUUAGUAACCAUUUAACAUUCCAUUUUCAAAUAGUUUUUUCAUUUAUAAUAAAAACCCUGCUUUAUUAAAUUAGUUAUUUAUUUUAUUCGCAGAUUUUAACUUUAAAUCACAAAAGCACCUUUUUUAAAUUUCAAAUAUGACUUGAAAACUUAAUAACAAUUUCAACCAAAGUACAAACUGAUGUACCAUUAACGAUCUUGUAUUCAUUCACAUAUUCACAUAGUAAAUUUUCAGUACUGCAUAAAAUUUACUAUGUGCUUACUUGUCUUUUAAUGUGAUUUAUAAAUGAUGGAAGAUAAAGAUUUCAUAUAAAAUGUUCCUCAGAUUAUUCCUGAACAAUUCUUAAGUAAUGUGACCUUCAUUUUCUAUGAUACAUGUCAAUAUUACUAUUAAUAGUAUUUCUAAUAUGGGUAUAAUGCGCACAUGUGUUAAUUAUUUUCUUUUCAUGAUUUACAAAAUUGGCACUUUUAAUUUUUUUGACUUUGAUUUGUAAUUUGUUUAUGUUUGAAAUAAAGUGAGA